AAUGGAACAUCACUGAUUGCUAUCUUUUCUCUUCUAUUGCCCUCUAAUGUGCCAUCAAUUCACCACCUUAAUCCUUUAUUCACUUUUGCAAAUCGUAUAAAUUUGAAAAACCAUGCCAAAAGAAUAACCAAAACCAAAACAAAAACUAAUCAAAUGAAACGAAACCUAAACGAAUUAGUAACAACAAUCUUAACCAAAAUCAAUCACCUAAACCAAUUAAAACAACUUCAAUCACACUUAACAACACUUGGCCAUUCCCAAACCCAUUUCUAUGCUUUCAAACUCAUUCGUUUUUGUUCCCUCAAUCUCUCAAAUCUUCACUAUGCACAUCAAAUCUUCAACCACAUUCAUUCUCCCAAUAUCUACCUCUUCACUGCCAUCAUCACUGCAUUUUCAUCUCAACAACACACAACCUUCAAACUAUUCAAAACCAUGCUCAAUAGUAAUAUUAGGCCUAACAAUUUUAUAUACCCCCAUGUGUUGAAAUCAGUAAAAGAACGAUUUUUAGUUGAUUUGGUGCAUGCCCAGAUUGUAAAAUGUGGUUUUUUGAAUUACCCGGUUGUGGAAACGUCGCUUGUUGAUUCAUAUUCGAAGGUUUUAGGGGGGUUAAGGGAUGCACAUAAGGUGUUUGAUGAAAUGUCUGAGAGAAAUAUUGUGGUUUUUACUGUUUUGGUUUCUGGGUAUUUGAGAGUGGGGGAUGUUGAGAAGGGGUUGAUGGUUUUUGAUGAAAUGGUUGAUCGGGAUGUUCCAGCUUGGAAUGCGGUGAUUAGUGGGUGUACUCAGAAUGGGUUUUUUUCGGAGGGGAUUAGGUUGUUUAGAGAAAUGGUUUUUGCUGCUGGUUUGGGUGAGGGUGGGUUUUGUAAGGGGAAUAAGCCGAAUCAGGUUACGGUUGUUUGUGUGCUUUCAGCUUGUGGUCAUGGUGGUAUGCUUCAGCUUGGGAAAUGGAUACAUGGUUAUGUUUAUAGACAUGGGUUUGUAGUUGAUUCGUUUGUGUCGAAUGCGCUUGUGGAUAUGUAUGGGAAGUGUGGGAGUUUGGAGUUGGCGAGGAAGGUUUUUGAGAUGGAUCAACGUAAGGGGUUGACUUCAUGGAAUUCGAUGAUUAAUUGUUAUGCGUUGCAUGGGAAAUGUGAGGAUGCGAUUACGUUUUUUGAGAAGAUGGUGGAGUGUGGUGGUGGUGUGAGGCCCGACGAAGUUACUUUUAUUGGGUUGUUGAAUGCUUGUACUCAUGGUGGUUUGGUUGAACAAGGUUGUGGCUAUUUUGAAAUGAUGAUUAAGGAGUAUGGGAUAGAGCCACAGAUUGCGCAUUACGGGUGUUUGAUCGACCUUCUUGGUCGGGCGGGUCAGUUUGAUGAGGCGAUGGAUGUUGUGAAGGGAAUGAGCAUGGAACCUGAUGAAGUAGUUUGGGGUUCUUUGCUUAAUGGAUGUAAGGUUCAUGGUCGUACCGAUUUGGCAGAAUUUGCAGCCAAAAAGUUAGUUGAAAUUGAUCCACAUAAUGGAGGUUAUGGUACAAUGUUGGCUAAUAUAUAUGGUCAAUUAGGAAAGUGGGAUGAAAUGAGGAAUGUGUGGUCCAAAUUGAAGCAACAAAAGUCUUAUAAAAUUCCAGGAUGUAGCUGGAUUGAGGUUGAUGAUAAAGUUCAUCAAUUCUUUUCACUUGAUCAAUCUAAUCCAAAGACAGAAGAGUUGUACAAUAUUUUGGAAAGUCUGUUUGGUAAUGGAAGUGAAGUCGUCGUUGAAAUGUAAACCUUAAUCAUUUGAUCGUACGACUUUUAUAAAUUCACCUUCAUAGAUUUGGACGAUCUAAACAAAGGAAGAGGAAGAGGCUGUGUAGGUUAGAGAAUACAAUACGAAAAUAGAUCACAAAAUCCAAUGCUUAGCUUGCUGUUGAUCGCUAGUACAUAAUAACACAGUCACAAGACCGAUGAUUCUUCUUAUUUUUUUUUUUGAAAGAAGACCGAUGAUUCUUAUGGUGGCACUUAAUUGUUUGAAGCAUGUUUCUAAACUGUGGUUGUGGUUACACCGCAAACCUUUAUAUUACAGGAAAAUGUAGCUAAUAUGGUCAACAUUGUAACUGCGAUGCAAUUGCGGAGACUACAAAAUCUUUUAUAUUGCGAUUGCAAUUGUGGUUGCAAUCAGAAUUUAAAACCAUGGUUUGAACGGAAUACUCUUUGUUCGGAAGAUUUUAUAAGAAAAGAGUGGUCCUUGUAAUUAUGUUACAUCUGAGCAAAUAUAAUUUGUUUUGUUUGGUGACCUUCAAAGAGAAAAUGAAGUUUUAGAGAGAAAAACAGAAACUUCUGAUCCAGAUUCCCUUUGCUAAAGGACUAGUAUGAAGUAUUCCAAUUAGAGCCCUUAGUUUUGAUUAUGUUUUAUUCAUUUUGGUUUGAUUCAUUCCAUUCUAUUUGUGUUGGAAAAUAUAAAAAACAACAAGGGUUCAUAGUUAUUGAAGAUUUUGUAAUUGGUCA